AUGAAGGCUUCACAUUUUAUUAAGACUAGAGGUAGUUGCAAGUCAGUUGGUAUUGUAGGCUUACCAAAUAUUGGUAAAUCAACACUAUUCAAUGCCUUAACUAGUUCAAAUGCUGCUAUGGCUGCUAAUUUCCCAUUUUGUACUAUUGAUCCAAAUGUUGGUAAAGUUUUUGUUCCAGAUGAAAGAUUGGAUUUAAUUUCAGACUUAUUAAAAACUAAAAGUAAAGUUGGUACACAAUUAGAGUUUGUAGAUAUUGCAGGUUUGGUUAAAGGUGCAUCAGAUGGUGAAGGUUUAGGUAACAAAUUUUUAGGUAAUAUUAGACAGGUAUCAUUAAUAGUUCAUUUGGUACGUUGCUUUGAGGAUAAAGAUAUCACUCACGUAUCAGAUCAAAUUGACCCAGUUAGAGAUAUUGAAACUAUAGAAACCGAAUUAAUUUUAGCAGAUUUACAAUCAUUAGAAAAGGUUUUAUCAGAGAAAAAAAAACAAAGUAAUCCAGAGAUUCAAUUGAAACACGAAAUUGCCAAAAGAGUUUCAGAGGCACUUUCAUCUGGUAUUCCAGCUAGAGAUGUUGAAAUCAGUGAAAAUGAAUGGCCAACUUUCCAAGCACUCCAUUUAUUAACCUCAAAACCAACAAUAUACACUUGCAACGUCCCAGAAAGUGAUGCUUCAGCUGGUAAUAAAUAUACCGAAAUGGUAAAAGAGUUUUCAAGUAAAAGAGGUUUAGAAAUUGAUCCAGUUGUUGUUUCCGCUAAAAUAGAAGCAGAGUUAGCAAAUUUGGAAAGUGAGGAAAUGAAAAAAGAAUUUUUACAAUUAUACGAUCUUUCAAGCAAUGGUCUUUCAAAGGUUAUUAAUGGUGCAUACAAAUUAUUAGGUUUACAAUCAUAUUACACUGCAUCUGAAAAUGAAUGCAGAGCCUGGACUAUCCCAGUUGGAACUAAAGCUCGUCAAGCUGCUGGUGUAAUUCAUACAGAUUUUGAAAAAGGUUUUAUUAAAGCUGAUACCAUUGCCUACGUUGAUUUCGUCGAUUGCAAAGGUGACGAAAAAUCAGCCAAAGACAGAGGAAAGCAAAGAUCCGAAGGUCCUAACUAUGUAGUAAAUGAUGGCGAUGUUAUGUUUUUCAAAUUUUCAGGUUAA